AAACAUUUUAGUUUUAUACGUUUUGUAUCAGAUCCUAUUUAUUUAUCUCAUCUAUCUGCAGCUUUAAAUCAAAUGUUUUGGAAACAUUAUAAUGUUUAGGUGUGAAAUAAUUUGUAAAUGUAAAUGAGCAUUAAGACACAGUGAUGCUGUCAGGCUGUAUAGUUAUAAAUAAAUGAGGCUCCAGCUGAAAGCAGAAGCGGGAAACAUUUUCAUUAGAACAGGAACAACGUUAAAGAAGUUAAACUUGAUAAAAGAAAGAAGAACCGUUAGAGUCUCAACAUGAUCAUCGCCUGGUUCUGCCUCGUCUGCCUCUCUCUGCACAUCACCAACAGCAGAACCGCUGAUCCUGUGAAGCGUUUUUAUAGAGUUCCUGGAGGAGAAAUCAACAUUAGAUGUUCCUUUCCUUCAUCUGGAGAAUGGAAGAUCUUCUGCUGGGAAAACUGUGAAGAAAAAAACAUUCUCAUUGAAACACGUGAAACAUCAGAUGGAAAUGGACGAUACAGGAUUGGAUCUCAUUGGAACAAUCAACAUGUUUUUGUUGUGAGCAUCUCGGCGCUGACCCAGUCCGACUCAGGAUGGUACCGAUGUGGAUUGUGGACAUUUUCAUCCAGAUAUUCAUACCAGGACUUUGAACUGGUUGUUGCUGAAGCUCUGCUGGUUGGAAACAAAGUUUCUCACCUUUUUAAAGAAGCUGGCAGCUCAGUGACAGUCGCCUGUUCCUUUAAAGACUCUGGGAGAAAACGACGGUUCUGCAGAGGACAAUGUGAAAAAGUUCUUGUUGAGACUGAUGGAGUCAGAGCUAAAAGAGGCAGAUACAGCAUUGAAACCUCAGGAAAAGUUCUGUAUGUGAGCAUCUCAGCACUGACCCAGUCUGACUCAGGAUGGUACCGAUGUGGAUUAUGGACAACUUCAUCCAGAUAUUCAUACCAGGACUUUGAACUGGUUGUUGCUGAAGCUGUGUUGGAUGGAAACGACGUUCCUCACCUUUUUAAAGAAGCUGGCAGCUCAGUGACAGUCGCCUGUUCCUUUAAAGACUCUGGGAGAAAACGACGGUUCUGCAGAGGAAAAUGUGAAAAAGUUCUUGUUGAGACUGAUGGAGUCAGAGCUAAAAGAGGCAGAUACAGCAUUGAAACCUCAGGAGAAGUUCUGUAUGUGAGCAUCUCAGCGCUGACCCAGUCUGACUCAGGAUGGUACCGAUGUUACCUGGACAUGGCGUUUGGCCGAGAUCCAUACAGAGGCUUUUAUAUCAACGUUACAGACGCAGUCAAACUGACAACAACAACAGCAACAACCAGGAGUUUCAGCUCCAGUUCAGCAAAUUUUACUUCUACAACAACCAGGAGUUUCAGCUCCAGUGCAUCAAGUUUCACAUCUUCAGGUUCCUCUGCACCCACCGACCAUUCAGCUCUGAGUGAUGGCAAUAAAUCAUCUCCAGACGUUCUGAUGAUUGUGGGUCUGGCUCUGGCCUUCAUCAUCAUCAUCUUAACUGUGGCUCUGCUGGUUUUCUGCAGAAACCGAUCACAGAAGCAUGGCAAAGAUCCUGCUGUGAAAACAAAGAAAACUCCUGCUGUUGAGACUAACAGAGUUUAUGAAGAAAUCAGAGGAGAUGAGAUGAAAUCUGUUCCAGUGGAAAUCUCCACAGUUUACAGCUACGCCUCCUACAGUAAACCAGCUGCAGCUGAUGGCGUCUACAGCCUGGCGACGGCAGCUCUUCCUCUGGACAAGGCUGAAGAUGAUUUGACUAGACCAACCUACGCCCAGGUGAGCUUCUCCAGCAGAAGCUCGGACUAUCCGCUGAGACCUUCAGACGACGUGGUUUACUCUGUUCCUCGGGUUGCUGUUGGCAGCCAUGUUGCAGAAGAGUCUCUGUACUCCAAUACGGCGUAACUUCAGGACCGCAGAGAGAAACCGGCUUUAGUCUGGUCCAAGCUGAAACGGGCAGAUGAUCCACUUUAACUUAUUUUUAUCCAUUUAUUAUUGUUAUUUGUUAUUAUAUUGAAUUUAAAUGUAACCUUUGAUCUUUCAAGUCGACUUUCUUUCUGAUUCAUUCAGAUCAGAACAACUUCUGGUUUUGUCAGAGAUCGUCUUUGCCUGAUGGGCGGAUGAACCCGUCUCUGCUCUGUAAAAAUGUCUGUUAUUUCUCUGGUUUUGUUACAAACUUCUGGUUAAUAAAUUAUUUCCACAGUUACCAAA